AUGACGGACGCUCUAGACUUGGAGGUACCCGUCAUUGACGACGAUCUGUUCAAGGAUCGUGCGCGAACGUUUGUGGAUUUUUUAGACGACCAAAGCGGAACGACAGACUACCGCAGUGCCAUCCGCCGUAUUAUUGCUGCAGACGACCGACGGCUUGUCGUGAACAUUGACGAUCUUCGAGCUUACAAUCGUGACUUUGCUACAGGGCUGCUGGAUGAUCCAAAUGGAUACCUUCCGCCAUUUGAAAAUGCACUCCAAGUGCUUGUGGAGCAGCUUCACGAUCCCUUGAAGGACGAUAUAAAAGGCAAGCAGUACCAUAUUGGGUUCUGCGGUAGCUUCGGUGACAACCAUGUGAGUACACGCAUGCUACGAAGUAUGCAUCUAGGUAAAAUGAUGAGCUUGGAAGGCAUUGUGACACGAUGCUCUUUGGUACGACCCAAGAUUGUAAAGUCAGUGCAUUAUUGCGAUGCGACUACGCGCUUCCAUAUGCGGGAAUACCGUGAUGCGACAAUGUACGGGACAGGUCCGCCCACUUCCAGUGCCUACCCUACGACAGAUGAAAGUGGAAAUCGCCUUACUACCGAGUUUGGUCUGAGCACGUUCCGUGAUCACCAAAUGAUUAGCAUUCAAGAAAUGCCAGAGCGUGCUCCGCCUGGUCAGCUGCCAAGGAGUAUCGAUGUGGUGAUGGACGAUGAUCUCGUGGACAAAGUCAAGCCUGGUGAUCGUAUCCAGCUGGUGGGCAUGUACAAAUCGCUCGGCAAUCGCGUGGGCCAGAGUUCUACGUCAACGUUCCGUACCCUCAUGGUGGGCAACUAUGUCAAUGUCUUAUCGAACAAAGCUGGUGGCGGCAUUUCUCAAAUUACCUUGACGGAUCUGGAUAUUCGUAACAUUAAUAAAAUCGCUCGACGACGAGGCGUGUUCGACUUGCUUGCUCAUUCGUUAGCCCCCUCGAUUUAUGGCCAUGAUUAUUUGAAGCGCGCCGUAUUGUUAAUGCUGUUGGGUGGUCAAGAGAAGAACUUACCAAACGGAACACACAUUCGUGGUGAUAUCAACAUUCUCAUGGUGGGCGAUCCAUCGACGGCAAAGAGUCAAAUGCUGCGAUUUGUCCUGAAUACGGCACCACUUGCCAUUGCGACGACAGGCCGUGGCAGUAGUGGUGUGGGUCUUACGGCGGCCGUGACAACGGAUCGUGAGACAGGUGAACGACGUUUAGAAGCUGGUGCCAUGGUCCUGGCUGACCGUGGUGUCGUGUGCAUUGAUGAAUUCGAUAAAAUGUCCGAUGUGGACCGUGUCGCCAUCCACGAAGUGAUGGAACAGCAAACGGUGACUAUUGCCAAAGCCGGCAUUCACACGACGCUCAACGCUCGCUGCUCUGUGAUUGCUGCUGCCAAUCCUAUUUAUGGUCAGUACGAUGUGCACAAGGAGCCAGGACGGAAUAUUGCGCUCCCUGACUCUCUCUUGUCACGUUUUGACCUGCUCUUUGUAAUUACCGAUGACAUUGAAGAAAAGCGCGAUCGUCAUAUUUCAGAGCAUGUGCUACGUAUGCACCGUUACAUCCAGCCUGGUCAGCCUGUGGGCGCCCCAGCUAUGGACAACCUGGACCAAGUGUUAGAUGUAGGCGGCGGCGAGACGACCGCCGAAACCACCGAGGCGCCAGAAGAUGAAUCACCGUUUGAAAAAUUCAACCCUAUGCUGCAUGUGGGAUUGGAUGGCGAGCAACACAACGAGGUUCUCACCAUCUCCUUUGUCAAGAAGUAUUUGCAAUACGCCAAAUCACGCAUCGCACCUGUUUUGACACCUGGCGCAGCUGCAUGGAUUUCCAACGUGUACGCCAAUCUACGAAAUGAUGAGCAAGGCGGCAAUAUGCGUCGCACAGCACCAUUGACAGCACGUACGCUUGAGACGUUGAUUCGUCUUGCUACAGCGUACGCCAAAGCCCGACUUAGCUCUACGGUGGAAGAGCAAGAUGCUGAGGCAGCCGAGGCAAUUUUGCGGUAUGCCCUUUUCAAAGAAGUCAUGCACCAACGCACAACGACCAAGCGUCGGAAAACGCAGCGUGGGGAUGGAGAGGAUGACGACGACGACGACGAUGAUGAUGACAAUGCAUGGGACUCGGACGAUGAAGCUGAGUUCCAGCUGGGUGGCCAACCGUCUACGUCUUCUUCGAGCCAGACCGCAUAUGCUACUCGCGCCGCAGCUAGGGCCCAGCAAACUCACCAGCCCUCACCGCCUGCCAUUGCCCCGCCCAUGGUUGCUACCACGAUGCGCACGGAAGAGGUUGCUCCUACAGAAACAGUCAUGCAAGACGCACGCACACCCAUGCCUCCAACGAAUGAGUUUGCCUCUUUCCGCCAACGUGUAUCGGAAGUGCUAUCAGGAACAUUUAUGGAAGACGAUUACGUGCCCUUGGUCACACUGAUGGCCACGCUAAAUGAAACAGGGCCACCUAUUAGUGUGGAGGACGCGAAAGCAGUCCUGGAGUCGAUGAGCGAUGCCAACGAAGUGAUGUUGGCGGAAGGUAUGUAUGCCAGACGAGGACGCGACACUGACACUUUCCCCAGACGUUGUUUCGGCCGAAUAUGGAGACUGGCGGCAGUGAUGGGCAAGAGGGCCCGAAGUGGUCUCACCUCCAUUUUUCGCUGUUGCAACGACGUGAUCAAUAUGGCGGCCGAAUCGAACUACGAUUAUUUGUUCAAGGUCGUGCUUAUCGGUGACUCUGGUACCGGUAAGUCGAACCUUCUCUCGCGUUUUACGCGUAACGAGUUUAGUCUCGACAGCCGAAGCACCAUUGGUGUGGAGUUUGCGACUCGUAGCAUCAACGUGGAUGGCAAGACGAUCAAGGCGCAGAUUUGGGAUACCGCCGGUCAGGAGCGUUACCGUGCUAUUACGUCGGCGUACUACCGCGGUGCUGUUGGCGCGUUGCUUGUAUAUGACAUUGCGAAGCACUCAACGUACGUGAACGUGUCACGUUGGCUCAAGGAGUUGCGUGACCACGCGGACAGCAACAUCGUAGUGAUGCUUGUCGGCAAUAAGAGUGAUUUGAAGCAUCUCCGUGCUGUGCCGACGGAGGAAGCGAAGGCUUUUGCUGCUGAGAACAACCUGUCGUUCAUUGAGACUUCGGCCCUAGAUGCCUCGAACGUCGAGCAGGCGUUCCAAAACAUUCUGACGGAAAUCUACCACAUUGUUUCGAACAAGGCGCUGCAGUCGUCCGACGACGUGAUCAAGCCGAGCGGCGGUGAGACUAUCUCAGUGCAGCCCUCAACCGAUGACGGUGGCCAGGCUAAGAAGGGCGGCUGCUGCUAA